UUAAUCUUUUCAAGGUCUGACAGCGAGGACACGUCGUCGACUGGAAUCUGCAGUCCGUCCACUUUGGUCGCGAUGUCCCUCACGAGGUGAGAUUCCUCUUUGUCGUGGACCAGGACCACCAGGACCGAGUUGUCACUGUCCGAGAUCCCGAAUCUUUUGAAGGCUUCUGAGAUCUGUCAGAUAAUUAUUUGCUCAAGUGGAAAAUACCGUUUUUUUUGAAUUUUUUUUUUUUUUUUUUUUUUUUAAGAAAGGCAAACUUACAUUUUUUGUUGGUGACAGGUUUAAGAUGAUCUCUGAAAAUAAGCUUCUUGUCUUCAUUUGACCGACUUUCUGUAAGUGCACAGCCUUAUUAGCAGCCACCAACACUUGGAAGGGACUCACCAGCUACAACAAAGUGGAUGGUGAAUUAGAAAAACCUAAUGACACACAUAUUGAACUGAUUCUCGAAACAUUGAAAACUCACAAUAGUGGGCUUGAGCAGGGCACCUUUUAUUUUCCCCUCCACGGCGUUUUGCCGGAGCUCCGCGGCAUUUUGGACCUCUUUAAAAAGAAUUUGCGUCACGGUGAGGUCGGGGAAAAGUUCCAGCGUCUGAGAUAAGUGCAUUUUAGUUUUUAAAGACGAUUAAUGUGCACUUGGCAGGAGAAAACACGACGCCGCGCACCAGGGAAACCGUGAGCGAGGGACCAAAAGCACUGCAACACCGGAAAGACGCACUUGGGUAAAACUACGCUACAAAAAAUAUUUUAAGACCCUAUAAAUUAUUGUACACACACACUUAUAAGACCUUUUUGCUACAUUGCGGGUGUUAUUAUUCGUCCAUAUUAAACUAAUGGUGAGUAAAACAACCAUCUAAGCACGAACGCGGACUACAUGUAGCUAUACCGAGCCUGUUUUCGAAGCGGACCACUCGCUGUCGAGAACAGCGCUUCCGUUUUGUUGCUGCGACCUCAACAAUAGCCCACGCGCAUUUACUAUUUUCAAGUGCUUUUCAAUCGCGCGUCGAGCAGUAGCGAUGCAAUUUAAACGACAGGUUGUCAGCUUUAACGUUUAGUUUCCGAUUGCAAUUGCGUGUCGAAAAAUCAGCAUGGAUAAAUUUGAAGGCUACAUCUUCACGGCGCUGUGCAGCACCAACUUUCUGGUGUCCUGCCUGCUCUUCUCCAAAGUCACCCGGGAGCAACGGGAGCCCUACAUGGACGAGGUUUUCCAUGUGCCCCAAGCUCAAAAAUACUGCCACGGGAAAUUCAACCAGUGGGAUCCGAUGAUCACCACCCUGCCAGGCCUCUACCUGGUCUCAGUGGGCAUCAUCAAGCCCGUGGUACGACUCGCCAACAUGAGCGGCGAUGUGGUGUGCUCCACGGCCAUGCUGCGCUUCAUCAACCUCCUCUUCAACUGCGGCAACCUCUACCUUCUCUACCGGCUCAUCUGCAGGCUGCACCCGAAGGAGAAGACGCGAACGGCAGCUCGGCGGAUCCUCUCGGCGCUGUCGCUCUCCACCUUCCCCGUUCUCUACUUCUUCAACUUUCUCUACUACACGGACGCCGGCUCCACCUUCUUCAUCCUCUUCACGUACCUCAUGACGCUGCACGGCUGCCGCAAAGCCUCGGCGCUGCUCGGCGCCUGCGGCGUCCUCUUCCGCCAGACCAACGUCGUAUGGGUGGCGUUCUGCGCCGGCACCCUGGUGGCCGGCCAGAUGGACGACGCGUGGAGGGUGGCGCAUUCCAAAAAGACGGACGACAAGCCAGCUGCGUUUCAGGUCCCUCUCUCCCUGAGCGGAGCCAAACGAGUUGUGCUUUUCACUCUGGAGUUUUUCACUUCCGCCGGGCACGUGAAGGCGGUGCUACUGGUGACGUGGCCCUACGCUCUGGUCGCCACGGGCUUCGUCGCCUUCGUGUGGCAGAACGGCGGCGUGGUGGUGGGCGACCGCGCCAACCACGAAGCCUGCCUCAACUUCCCGCAGCUCUUCUACUUCCUGUCCUUCUCCCUCUUCUUCUCCCUGCCCGUGUCGCUGUGUCGCCACCGCGUGCGGCGCUUCCUGCAGGCCGUGAAAAAGCAGCCCGUCCUCUUCCUCGCCGCCACCGUCGUCUCCGUCCUCCUGGUGUGGAAGUUCACCGCCGUCCACAAGUACCUGCUGGCGGACAACCGCCACGUCACCUUCUACGUGUGGAAGCGGUUCUUCCAAAGGCACGAGGUGCUUCGCUUCCUUCUGAUCCCCGCGUACAUUUUCGCCGGAUGGAACUUCCUGGACUCGCUUAAGUCGCGCUCGCUCUUCUGGAGUUUGGCGUUCCUGGCGUGCCUCCUGGCCGCCACCGUCCCGCAGAAGCUCCUGGAGUUCCGUUACUUCAUCGUCCCGUACCUGAUGUACCGCGUGCACAUGCCACUCCCGUCCCUGCCCAGACUAGCGCUCGAGUUUGUGCUGUACACGGCCGUCAACGUCGCCACCGUUUACGUCUUCGUGGCCAAGACGUUCCGCUGGCCGGACAACGCCGCCACGCAGCGGUUCAUGUGGUGAACUCCCAGUAAUACCAGGAUAGCUCAAAAAGGGAAUCAUGUGAUUUUUGAAAGCGAUACUACACAGUAAGUAAGGAGAACAUUGUGUAAUUUAUUCUGGUUGGCUUUGGUAUGAUUAUGGAGACCAAAUAAUUUUGUUUUUGUUUUUACAAAAUUUGUACAGUAUGUAAAUGCCGCCCCCCCCCCCCCCCCCCGACUUAAAAUGUGCAAGUCCACCAUAUUGUUUUUUUUUUUU